AUGGAUAGCACGAACGAACAUUCUAGCAAUUCGCUCAUGAAUCAUGGAGCUGCGAGUGGAAUCCCCAAUGAUGGCACGGCUGAUGUCCCAGGCGUUGUUGCCCUCGACCCAUGGCUGGCCCCGUUCAAAGAGUCCCUCAAAGCACGAUACAACAAGGCACAAGAAUGGAUCAAGACAAUCAACGAGACCGAAGGCGGAUUGGAGAAGUUCAGCAGAGGAAAGGAGAAGUUUGGAAUCAACAUAGACAAGCAGAACAACAUCACCUAUAGGGAAUGGGCGCCUAAUGCUACGCAAGCAUUCCUUAUUGGUGAAUUCAAUGACUGGAAUCGAGAAUCGCAUCCUAUGAAGAAGGAUCCGUACGGUGUUUUCGAGGUCGUUAUUCCUGCGAGAGAUGGACAGCCUGCAAUUGCACACAACUCGAAAAUCAAGAUUUCUAUGGUCACACCCUCAGGAGAACGAAUCGAAAGAAUACCAGCAUGGAUCACAUAUGUCACCCAAGACCUCGACAUUUCUCCUGUCUACGAUGCUCGAUUCUGGAACCCUCCUGCCUCUGAACGAUAUGUGUUCAAGCACCCAAGACCGAAAAAGCCUCAGUCUGCGCGAGUCUACGAAGCACAUGUUGGAAUCUCUUCUCCAGAGUUAAGAGUGUCUACAUACAAAGAAUUCACAAAGAACAUGCUGCCAAGAAUACACCAUCUGGGAUACAAUGUCAUUCAACUCAUGGCUAUCAUGGAGCACGCAUACUAUGCAAGCUUCGGCUACCAAAUCAACAGCUUCUUCGCUGCAAGCAGUCGAUAUGGUCCGCCUGAGGAAUUGAAGGAGCUCAUUGAUACCGCACAUGGACUUGGAAUUGUUGUGCUGUUAGAUGUUGUCCACAGCCACGCUUCAAAGAAUGUGUUGGAUGGCUUGAACGAGUUCGAUGGCACAGACAGUUGCUAUUUCCAUGGUGGCCCCAAAGGAAAGCAUGAGUUGUGGGACAGCAGGCUGUUCAACUAUGGUAGUCAUGAAGUCAUGAGAUUUCUUCUUAGUAAUUUGCGUUUCUGGAUGGAUGAGUACAACUUUGACGGAUUUCGGUUUGACGGCGUUACGAGCAUGCUUUAUACACAUCAUGGAAUUGGAACGGGAUUUUCGGGAGGUUACCAUGAAUACUUCGGCCCUGGAGUUGACGAAGAAGCUGUUGCAUACCUAAUGAUUGCCAACGAAAUGCUUCAUGACCUGUACCCGGAGAUGAUCACAAUUGCGGAAGAUGUCUCUGGAAUGCCAGCUUUGUGUCUUUCCUUGUCUCUAGGGGGCAUUGGAUUCGACUACAGACUGGCAAUGGCCAUCCCCGAUAUGUGGAUCAAGAUAUUGAAGGAAGUGAAGGAUGAUGCCUGGGACAUGGCCAACAUUUGCUUCACGUUGACAAAUAGACGACAUGGCGAGAAGACCAUCGCUUACUGCGAGAGCCACGAUCAAGCAUUGGUUGGAGACAAAUCAAUCAUGAUGCAUCUCUGCGACGCAGAAAUGUACACCAACAUGUCAACCCUGACAGAGUUCACACCCAUCAUCGAGCGAGGAAUGGCUCUCCACAAAAUGAUCCGCCUCCUCACUCAUGGUCUCGGCGGUGAAGGCUAUCUCAACUUCGAAGGCAAUGAAUUCGGACAUCCCGAAUGGCUCGAUUUCCCUCGUGCUGGGAACGAUAACAGUUUCUGGUAUGCACGUCGCCAAUUCAACCUAACAGAUGACCAACUGCUCCGCUACCGAUUCCUUAACGAAUUCGAUUCUGGCAUGCAACACACGGAGCAGAAAUACGGCUGGCUGCACUCUGAUCAAGCAUACAUCAGUUUGAAGAACGAAGAAGACAAAGUCAUCGUCUUCGAGCGUGCGGGCCUCCUCUGGAUCUUCAACUUCCACCCUACGAAGAGUUACCCAGAUUACCGUGUUGGCGUCGAGGAGGCAGGUACAUAUCGUGUUGUGCUAAAUACCGAUAAGAAGGAUUAUGGUGGGUUUGAGAGAAUUGAUUCGGGGACGAGGUUCUUUACUACUCCAGCUGCCUCUGCGCGCUUUGCGAGUGACUCUGCUCUCCAUGGCAAGAUCCAUCAAGUCAUUGGUGCCGUUGUGGAUGUGAAAUUCGAUACCGACAAGCUUCCCCCGAUUCUCAACGCCCUCGAGACGGACAAUGGUGGACAAAAGCUCAUCCUUGAGGUCGCGCAACAUUUGGGAGAGAAUGUUGUCCGAACAAUUGCUAUGGACGGUACCGAAGGUCUCGUCCGUGGUCACCGAGCAACCGAUACUGGCAACCCCAUCAUGGUGCCAGUCGGUCCAGGAACUCUCGGCCGUAUCAUGAACGUCACUGGUGACCCAAUCGACGAGCGUGGCCCCAUCAAGUUCACCAAGAAGCUCCCGAUUCACGCCGAUGCUCCUCCCUUCACCGAUCAAUCCACGGCUGCUGAGGUGUUGGUCACCGGUAUCAAGGUCGUCGACUUGCUCGCCCCAUACGCUCGUGGUGGAAAGAUUGGGCUUUUCGGAGGAGCUGGUGUCGGAAAGACUGUGUUCAUUCAAGAGUUGAUCAACAACAUUGCCAAGGCCCACGGUGGUUACUCAGUCUUCACUGGUGUCGGAGAGCGUACUCGUGAGGGUAACGAUCUGUACCAUGAAAUGCAGGAGACCAAGGUUAUCCAGCUUGACGGCGAGUCCAAGGUCGCCUUGGUCUUCGGUCAGAUGAACGAGCCCCCGGGAGCCCGUGCUCGUGUUGCCCUUACUGGUUUGACUGUUGCUGAGUACUUCCGUGAUGAGGAAGGUCAAGAUGUGUUGCUCUUCAUCGAUAACAUUUUCCGCUUCACCCAAGCCGGUUCCGAAGUGUCCGCUCUUCUCGGUCGUAUCCCAUCUGCCGUCGGUUACCAACCAACUCUCGCCGUCGACAUGGGUCUCAUGCAAGAACGUAUCACAACCACCACCAAGGGAUCAAUUACCUCCGUCCAAGCCGUCUACGUGCCUGCCGAUGAUUUGACUGAUCCUGCCCCUGCCACCACCUUCGCCCAUUUGGACGCCACCACUGUGCUUUCUCGUGGUAUCUCUGAGUUGGGUAUCUACCCUGCUGUCGAUCCUCUGGAUUCCAAGUCGCGUAUGUUGGAUCCUCGUAUCAUUGGACAGGACCACUACGAUACUGCCACCAAAGUUCAACAGAUGCUUCAAGAAUACAAGUCCUUACAAGAUAUUAUUGCAAUUCUCGGUAUGGACGAAUUGUCAGAAGCCGAUAAGUUGACCGUCGAGCGUGCCCGAAAGCUCCAACGUUUCCUGUCACAACCAUUCGCAGUCGCUCAAGUCUUCACCGGUAUCGAGGGUGUCUUGGUCGAGCUCAAGGAUACCAUCCGCUCUUUCAAGGCCAUCAUGAACGGUGAGGGUGAUGACUUACCAGAAGGUGCCUUCUACAUGGUGGGAGACAUCGACGCCGCCCGCGCCAAGGGAGAGAAGAUUCUCUCUGAGCUGGACAAGGAUUAG